AUGUUCAUUGAUUCCGAUCCAGACGACGGACAGAGAUUUCAUUUGCAAAAGGACAAAAAUAAGCUGCACCGGCUGUGUGAAAGCAAACUGAAGUAUCAGUUGAAACAACACAGUAAGCGACCAGAUAUACUUUCAUACGUGAGUGAUAAAACCACCAGAGCUUCUUCCGACUGUGACUCGGUAAGUAAUAAUAACAAAAGAAAUAUUAAUAACAAUGAUAACGGCAAAAACGGUACAAGAUAUGCUUCAUUAACAGGACAGUCGUCGGCUUUAUUGUCAAAGUCAUCGACAUCCCCCCUCCGCGAGAUGAUGCCCACGCCAGGGCUUACUGAAACACUUCGUCAAACUUCUACCGCAAAACAGGAGCACGCUCAGAGCUUCCAUGGACAUUCUACUCUGAGAGACACUGCCAUGCUGACAGCUCUGGACAGUACCAACAACAUGAGAAAUAAUUCAGAAUUCAGAGUAGCCAGUCUGUAUACAAAAGACGGCAACUCGCUGUUGGCAUGUGCGGAGACAAACGCUUUAGCCUUUUAUCAUAAAACACUAGGGCUGGCUGCUCGACCAGGCCCGCAGAUACCCGAAAAUUUUUUGCCAACUAUAAAACCAAGCGCCCAGCCGUUUGUUUCUUCAAGAUCUUCCUCGGUCUCUGAACCUCGAAGUCCACUUCACGGGCAAGGCAGUCCCGGAAUGGACGUCUUCUACAGCCCAACACCUCGUUCAGGAGAUCGAGUAGAGGAAAAACCAGAUGUCUCCACCAACUGCUAUUCCCCCUACGUUCUUCGACCAUCGUCUCCAGCAUCACCGCUUCCAUCAGCCAUAGCCGCGCGUGUAGAACCUCAGCAAACCUCACAACAAACAACAGAUUCUAUUUCCCAGAAUUGUUGCCCUACAGAUAAACUAUCUAGGUCGCCAAGAGACAGUGACACGUGCGACAGUGACAAAAGCAGCAGUAGUCGUAAGUCUCCCAAACAUCCAGAACCACCUCAAGACGAUACAUCGUCUCCACAGACUAACAUCAACAAAGUGUCUGAUCCAAUCAGAUCGCCAACAAACAUUUCCUCGUCACCAGAUCUUAGCCGGCAAGAAAAAUCGCCAGGUUCCUCUUGCACGUCGUUAUCACCGGUAUCUUCAACUUCCUCGCCGACAGCGGCUGCCUCAGACAGCCGAACACCCCAGAAAACAACAGCAUUCAGUGUGGCGGAUAUUCUAGAUCCUUCCAAAUUUACCGGGGGUGGCAAAACACAAGUGUGGAAUCCAUGGCGGCCACCAUCGACUGUUGGUGGGCAUCGCGGAUUACCAUCAGCUCCUUACAGUGUCAAAUCUCCAGGGAUGACCAGUGAUAGCCAAGGUCAGCAUCCCGACGAUGAUGUAUCUAUUACGUCAUCGCAGGAAAACUUCGACCCUGAAGAAGACGUGGAUAUGUGCGACGACAGCGGUAAACACUUGGACGAUGAAGACAGUGACGAUGAGAAGAGGAACGAGGACGGUAAUAACAGCAGUGACAGCAGCAAGCAGGGAAAGCCUCGGAGAGCCCGGACGGCGUUUACUUACGAACAGCUGGUGGCCCUAGAGAACAAGUUUAAGACCACGAGAUACUUGUCUGUGUGUGAGCGACUCAAUCUGGCGCUGAGCCUUAACCUCACCGAGACCCAGGUAAAGAUAUGGUUCCAGAACCGUAGGACGAAAUGGAAGAAACAAAACCCAGGCCUGGACGUCAACAGCCCAACAAUCCCGCCCUCUUCAGGGGGGUUCGGGUCUUUCUCCAGCCCCUACUCCAGCAUGCUGUACGGCCAGUCCCUACAUCCCUACCUGCCCUCGGCCGGGCUUGUCAGUCCACUCAGCAUCCUCCGUGCCCACGGCUCAUACAGCUCCAACCAAAACCCAUCGGUGUACUAUCCCUACUUUAGUCAAACAACGUGA